UUGAUAGUCGGUAGAGAAAGUCGGUAUCAGCUGAUUACGAGAUCAAAACAAAUGAUACGUAAAUAGAGAAGACUUUUUUUUUAUUUUCAUGCUUAAACGAAGAAUCUUCAGUUUACAUAUCUUGGGCUGACAUAGUUUGUUGAAGAUUGCAUAAACCCGACGAUGUUAUCUUUUUUUCGCAAAAAAGAUUCGAACCCGUCUUCAGGUUCCUGCAGUGAAAAUACUAACAGUGAAGUAGAACCGUCGCCCAACUUAUCUCAGCUUGGCUAUCGCAGUACUAACGAUCUGAAGGAAACCAUUUUCGAUUUCUUGCGAACCAUCAGAGAUCCGGAAAAACCAAACACAUUGGAGGAUCUGAAAGUGGUUUACGAGGAUGGCAUCUUCGUGCAGGAACCAACCGAUGGUAAUGUGUACGUUGUUCGGAUAGAAUUCAAUCCAACCGUUCCGCAUUGCUCGUUAGCUACGUUGAUUGGUUUGUGCAUCCGAAUUAAGGUGCAGCGAAGUCUCACCCAUCAUCUUAAGCUGGACAUCUACAUCAAGAAGGGCGCCCACUCGACGGAAGAUGAGAUUAACAAGCAAAUCAACGAUAAGGAACGAAUAGCUGCUGCGAUGGAGAACCCUAAUCUGCGACAACUGGUUGAAAAUUGCAUAAAAGAGGAGGAGUGAUUAUUUUCGUACGUACAAGUAAUGGUUCUAUGGUAAAUGAGAGCUCAGUUUAUUAUUAUAUAUAUAUAAUCGACAUUAUUCGUUAAGGUACUAGUUUGUAUUAAAAUUUAUAUUGAAAAUGCAAUUUUUGCAGGUGUCAUUUGUGUCGAAAACUUGGAAAAUUAGUAAAUAAGAUCGAUUACCUUGAUUAAAAUUGUGAAUAACUAUGGACUUGAAAA